CAGCGCAGCUCAAAUGAAGAUUCUGAUGUUUGCCUGGAUUUCCAUGGUUGUACUUUUCUCAGAUAUAUUGAGAAUAAAUGUUAUGUAUGGAUUGGGUGAGUGUCUUCCGGAUCAAAAGGCUGUACUUGUGAAGAUACGAAGCCAACUUUCUUACAACUCUUCAUUAUCCUUCAAAUUGGUGUUGUGGGAUGAAAGAGUUGAUUGCUGCCAGUGGCCUGGUGUGAGUUGCAACGAUGAUGGAUAUACUAUUGGUCUUGACCUCAGCUAUGAGCCAAUCACGGGUGGAGUCAAUGCAAUUUUCUUGCUUAAACUCUUGCCAUCCCUUUCUGUUAUUAGGCUUGAUUGGGUCAACUUUUCUGCUCCAUUUCCAGACUUGUUCUCGGAUUUCACUAAUCUGACUGUUUUGAGCCUGGAGAGCUGCAACUUCACAGGAACAGUCCCUCACAAAGUAUUCCAGGUACCUACUCUGCAAACCAUUAAUUUAACAUGGAAUAAAAUGCUUGAGGGUUCUUUGCCAGACUACUUUCCAGAAAAUGGAUCUCUUCAGAGACUACAACUUGGUAAUACAAAGUUUUCUGGGAGAUUACCUGAGUCCAUUGGAAACCUCAGACUGCUGUCCCAAAUUGACCUUACAGGUUGCAGUUUAAGUGGGGCAAUCCCUGCUUCUAUUACAAAGCUUACCAAUCUUGUUGAGCUGAGCUUGGAUGGGAAUUCAUUUUCAGGACCCAUCCCAGUCUCAUUGUUUUUCCUGCCAUCCCUUACAACCAUAUCUCUGUCCGAAAACAAAUUUUCUGGUCAUAUAAACGAAUUGCGAAAUGUGACUUCUCCACUGCAAUAUCUUCAUUUGAGUGGCAACAACCUGGAAGGCUCAAUACCUUCCUUCUUCUUUCGCCUUCACAAUCUUACAGUUCUCUCUCUUUCAUCAAACAAAUUUUCUGGUCAUAUAAUUGAUUUGCAAAAUGUGACUUCUCCACUGCAAUAUCUUGAUUUGAGUAACAACAACUUGGAGGGCCCAAUACCUUUGUUCUUCUUUCAACUUCAGAAUCUAUCAUCACUCCAUCUUUCAUCAAACAAAUUUAAUGGUAUUGCACAUCUAACUAAAUUCAAAAACCCUGAGAAUAUUUGGAUUCUUGACAUCUCCCAUAAUAGCUUGGCAGUUGAGACAAACAUAAGAGCAGCAGAACUUUCCCUCCUCCCGGAAUUUCGAGUUUUAUAUUUAGCUUCUUGCAAUCUACAGAAAUUUCCGGAUUUUUUGAAAAACCAAUCUCAACUCCAGAUGUUAGAUCUCUCCAGCAACGCUAUAAGUGGAGAAAUUCCUGAAUGGAUAUUUGAAAUUGGUACUCGAAAUCUCGUUUUUCUCAAUCUUUCUCACAAUCUCCUUGACAACAUGCAAGAGCCAAAGGAGUAUGGUUCUCUUUAUUACCUUGAUCUAAAUUCUAAUAUGUUUAGUGGACAAAUUCCACGACCACCGCAUGUGGCCUGGUACUUGGACCUCUCCAACAACAGUUUUUCCUCCCUACCUCUUGAUAUUGGUCAUCAACUCCCAAAUGUCACCUUCUUUUCCAUUGCAAACAAUAGAGUUAGUGGAACCAUCCCACUUUCAUGGUGCCAUUGGACCUGUCAUUCAACAGCCUAACAGGAAACAUCCCAGAGCAGCUAGAGAGCUUAACCUUCCUGUCCUCCUUAAACUUAUCAUACAACCAUCUGGUUGGAAGGAUUCCACAAGGCAAACAAUUUAAUACCUUCGAUUCAAGCUCGUUCAUGGCAAACAAGGGGCUAUGUGGAUUCCAACUUAAUGUAUCUUGCAAUCGCAUUAACAAACCAGCAUCUUCUCUACCAAAAUCGGGAGAGAAAGAGUCAGCUUACCAUGGUGAUAUCUACGCAAGUGUUGCAGUAGGAUUUGUUGUGGGUCUAGGAGGAAUAUUUUUGCCACUUUUGUUGUCCAACAAAUGGAGAUUAUAUUAUAACAAGAAGAUUGAUGGAGUACUGUUGAAGGUUUUCUUUCAGAGAGGUAAGGGGAGAAGAAAGAACUCUCGUUAACAAAAUCAAUCAACAAGUCGAAUGACUUCACCCAGGUUACUUUGUUUUUAUGUAUUAAGUGUGAUUGUUCAACUUAGUGUGUAAUCAUGGAGUCUGAUGUGGUGCCUUUUUUUCUUUUCUUUUUAACUUUCUUGAUGUCCUGCUUUUGCUUGUAUUUGGUUUUAUUGGGUCAAAUGUCAUCAUUGUAGUAAUUUGGAUUGAUUUGUGUCAUUGUGUAUAAUGUUUUUUCACUC